CUUCCGCGAGCCCACACGGCUUCAGGAAUUUUGGUCACGAUGGGAACCCGUAGGAGCCUGCCAAAACGUUGGAACUAGUUCCCUAGGCGACGGAGGAACGCGGUUUUGAUUUAGAUCCCGUUUAACUCGGUCCUUUUCUCCGGAACAACCAUGUGAGGCUGUUUGACAUCUAUGGAGCCUCCAGACUCAUUUCCCAACUGAGGAAUGGCAACUCCACCGCUGAAUCCUCCACCAGAUCUCCCCUUUGCUGCCACCUUGUUCCUGCCCCUCCCUGCCAUCGUUUUCUUGGUUGUUGGUUCCUACCUGCUGCUCCUCAUUCUGGUCCUGGUCCUCAGACAAUGCCUACUGGCCAGAGGUUUUUGUGCCAAUUGCUGUUCCUGUGAGAAGCGAUCUUGGCCAUCUAUGUGUGAAUGCUGUAUGGCUUGUGCCGAAUCCUGUGACUGUGCCCUUCCCACUCCAGCCCAUUGUCUAGAUCACUGCUGUUCUUGUACUAAUGGCUUGGAACCAAGAAGUUGCUCCUUUCCACGCCUGUGUCCACUUUGUGACUGUGCCUGUACAUACCAGCCCCCAGACUGCCAGAAUAUCAACUGUAUUUGCUUUGAAAUCAAAUUGCGUUAAGGGAUCUUAGCUUUCUAAAUAAAAGAGAUUUGUAUCUGAAUGCAUGAAAAAAUGUAGAAGACUGCAAGUGAUGGUUAAUACAGUAAACUGUUGCUCACAUUGGCAAAAUUAACUUUUGUGUUGCCAAGAGACUUAAAACUUUGCACUUCUUUUUAGUGUUUUUUUCCCAAAAUACUAUUGAUUUUUAUAAUGCUUGUUUGAUAUCAUGUUUUAUAUGAACUCCUGCAUUUUAUAAUAAAUUGAUUUGUCUA